AUGCCGCCGCCAUCAUCGCAACGAGCGGACGUUGAGCCGCCGGAGGAAAUUACCUCCGAGGCAGUUCGUGGGUUCCUGACGGGUGCUUUUCGCUUUGGCUCAGUCUCUAUCCUCGCCCAUAUGAUCAUGAUCCUCCCCCAUCCUUUCAAGUUCUCGCCUGCUUCCCCCGCACAAGGUCCUCCGCAGCAUAUGCAGGAACAACCUCAACCACGCCAGUCGCCGUUCUCAAAGGACUAUAUCCGAUCGAGGUUAUUUUACCGUCCGUUGGAAGGCUUUUCCGAGUGGCUUUCUCCGGCAGCCCGGAUCUACAGGGGGCUGACACCGCAGUUCAAAGUUUUCCUUCAGAUUGCAGCCAUGACGUUGGGAGGUUGUGUCUGGGCUGAGCGCAGGGUCAAUAGCUAUAUCAAUAUGAUCCGAAAGGUAAAACGGGCAGAGCGGUUGCAAGCACAGCGAGAGGCUCGGCUUCUGGAGUGA